UAAAAACAAACCAUAUAUGUCAAAUCAGUUGUCAAGAUUAUCAAAUCGUGAAAAUAACAGUAAAUAACAAUUUUUGUGAGAACAAGAAGUGAGAUUAUUAAAAUUAAACAUAAUUUUUCUAUUAUUUGCGUAAGAAAAAUUAUUAUUUUAAAAUGCAGGCGUUAAAGCAUGAAACAGCUAUUUUAUCAAAAGUUUAACCAAAGAGGUUAUAAAGUGUAACGAAACGGCAUUACAGUAAAAGAUGGCGCUAUAUCUGAAGCAGGACUUCUCUCCGCCUGUACUCUCUCGGAGAUGGAUUGCCAUGCAGUUUAGACCGAAUAUGGUCAUCAACAGCAGACGUCACAUAGAAUCUAUACUGGAGAGCGGUCUCCUGUUCAGGGAGGAUAGCGUGAGCGUUGAGCAGGCGGCGCCGGGCGAGCGCGAGGUGUGGCUCGCGGCGGGCGGGGGGCGCUCGCUCACGCGGGGCGAGCGAGCGCUGGCCGUAAUGGCCGCCGCGGUCGCUGUUGCCGCGUCGCCGCCGAGGAGUUUCAACCGCUCUAUCGUCCUCAAGCUAGUUGCGUACGCGUCACUUCCGUUCAUCAUCAGAGCGUGCCACCGCAGCCUUUGUGCCGGAUCCCUGACCAGCCUGCUCGCCGCCAUGAGACGCUAUCUCGCUCUGGCGCGCGCGGCGGCCGCGUGUGCGAGGGAGAGCGCUGCGGUGCACGCCCAGAUAGAGUCAAUUACCUCGGUGAUAUCGUCGUGUCACACGCUCCUGGUGCGGCAGCAGAGCGCCCUGGCGGUGCUGCUGGCCAGGGCGUCGUCGGCGCUGCUCAGCAACACGUGGCUGAGCGCCGAGCACGGCUGGCACCACGUGACGCGCUGCGACGGUGACCUCACAAAAGUACACUAUACGUUUCUGGUGGUCCAGUCCACUUUUUUGAAGCACGUAGCUAUGGUCCAUUUCAUACCCCCCUCGCACGCUCGAAAGGUUCACAAGAAUCACAACGAAAUACUUUAUUGGUUACAUUACACUCUCAUACCGCAACUAACUGCGGAAUUCGUCGAAAACUAUGAAAGUCUAGACAGAAUGUACAGGCUGUUGAAAAAUUUCAAUGUUAGUGAUGAUGAAAAUAAAAAAUUAGGUAAUGCAGCUAUAGAUAAUUGGCUUUAUAGUGAUGUACAUAGCGGUGUAGCGAGAACGUGUCUAGAAUUGAAAUUGAAUUUGAACAAAUGCAAUUCCCUUGAUAUAUUUCUCGAUUCGUGCGCUAUGAACAAUAAAGAAUUGAAUUUGGAUGUGCUCGACAAAGAUAUAGAUGAUAUUGUCGAUGGUAUAACGAAAUGUCUGACCGCGAUGCAGAAUUCGCAAAUACGUUUGCGCAAAUUAAAAAAUAAAUUCAACGUGAAAAUAGCGGUUGUGGAAAAAGAAAAAGGUGAUGAGGAGACGAGUGAAAUUUUGAAAAUCGAAGAUCGAGAGCCGGUAGUUAGGGAUGAGGUUUUUUAUUUUGUUAAAACUGUUGACGAUGAUGUUAAAACUGUGCAGCCAGUUGAUUCUGUUACAGCUCCUGGGAAGAAGGAGGUGGAGAACACUAAAGUGGUUCUCAGUGAGCUGAGGAGGAAGCUGGGGAAGCGGGAAGAUGUAAUGCGAGAAAGAGAGAGGCAAGCUCUAGUCAAAACUAUGCCGGAAUUCAAAGAUAAUGUCCCAGAAUUCCCAAGGCAGAUAAAAUUUGAAGAAUUCGUCGAAAGGAAAGGAGUGAUCAAGAAAAUUAAAAAGAAAUUAAGAAAAAGAAGAUUGUUUAAGAAAUAUAGGAUACAUUCAAGAAAAAAUAAACCUAUGAAGUACAGAUUAAAUAUUAGGAAAUAUGAAGUAGAUCAAGAUAUUGAUACUCCUUAUUACGAAGCUAAUGCAAAGCUUAAUGUUAAAAGUAGGCUUGUUACAUUUUGUAAAAAAAAUAAAAACAUAGUUGUAACGAAAUGGUGUAAAUAUGUGCAAAUGCCGACUAAUUCGAAUAAAAACGAAAAAUUUAACAAUUCUAAUGUGGCGUUAGAUCUGAAUGCUGAUAGCUCUAUAGAAAAUGCAAUGUCUAACUUUAAAUUUUUAGAAAAAAUUACUGACGACGAGUCUAGUUGCGACAUCCCUGCUGAAAACGCACAUUCUAUGUUCAAAUUUUCAAAAGUAAAUCUAAACGAAUGUAAUGAAAAUCCGGAAUCUAAAUUUAAAUUUUCAAAGCACGAUUUAGAACUAACUCCGACUUCGUCGGACAGCGAUUUUGAAAUUUCGAAGGAAAAGCAAAUGGCGCUUUUGAAGGACGCGCGGCGUCACAGGGCGGUUCGAAAAAAGAAUCAUCCCGCCAAACGAGCGUCCAUAGACAAAGAUGUAGAUGAGAGUUUGAAGCCAAUAGAGUAUAGUUUCGGGACGGGAAUGGCUAUGGCGUCCGUGUUACAAGUCAAUAAUAAUGCGAGAUUACAUAAUAUGGCGCAAGAAGAGGUGUUUAUUGGUGACGGCGAAGUAUCCAAUGACAGCGGGAACGAUGAAGACGCUUAAACGAACUUUUUUCAUACAUACAUACAUAAAAUCACGCCUCUUUGCCGGAGGGAUAGGCAGAGAAAACAUCUUUCCACUUGCCACGAUCCCUGCAUACUUCCUUCGCUUCAUCCACAUUCAUAAUUCUAUUCAUGCAAGCUCGUCGGUUUCGGUUGACAGGUUGACCUGACCCUUUACCAGGACGUCCUUAAUUUGAUCAAGAUACGUUCGUUUAGGUCUUCCCACUCCGACCUUUCCCUCCACACUCUCCUUGUAUAUCUUUCAUUCGUCCUCUCCAUAUGACCAAAUCAUCUUAACAUACCCUUUUAUAUUCCUGUAACAACAUCUUCUUUCACAUCACAACAUUCUUUCAUAAAUAUUUUCAACGGCCACGGAUACAAGACAAUUAUGACUAAGGCCUUUCUGAAUUUAUUAAAAUCUUGUGGCCCUGCGUUGUCCUGACAAUAAUGGCAGACUAAAAAAAUAAUUUAAUUCAUAAUUAUGUUCACCUUUUUUCCCAAAAAAUAUUUUCAUAUGUUUAUGAUAAUUGAACGC